CUGCUGCGGGACUUUAACGGCAGAACCGAAUCUCCGGCUGUGUUUACACUGGCUCAACAAAUUCGAGGAUCCACCUUGAGCUCUGUGUGGCGGUGCAGGUGGAGAGGAUGAACUACGUGGGUCAGCUGGCCGGUCAGGUCCUGGUGACGGUGAAGGAGCUCUACAAGGGCCUGAAUCAGGCCACGCUGUCCGGCUGCAUCGACGUGAUCGUGGUCCGACAGCCUGAUGGGACUUUCCAGUGUUCGCCUUUCCACGUUCGCUUCGGAAAGCUUGGUGUGCUUCGCUCCAGAGAGAAAGUGAUCGACAUUGAAAUCAACGGGGAACCUGUGGAGCUGCACAUGAAGCUAGGCGACAACGGAGAAGCUUUCUUUGUCCAGGAGACGGAGCACAACACUAUGGUCCCGGCACACCUGGUCACCUCGCCCAUUCCCACCGAGGACCCUCUCUUCCGGAUCAGAGAGAACAUUCCGCCGGAAGAAGAGUUUGCAACAGGGAGCUUCCAGUCGUGUUCAAAUGUGAAAAAGAAAAAACGUCGUCGGAAGAAGCACAAAACCGAGCAACGCAAAGAGGAGCAGAACGCACCUGCAGGGGGCGAUGUGGAGCUGUGUGAGCUCAGUUCAGAUGAGGAGCAGAGCAACUCCUGGUCAGUGGCAGUGAAGGACAGCGAGGACGUGAGGAAGCAUUCGCCGCUGACCUCCCUGGAGUGGGACUGCUACCCCUUCUCUGACGGAGACUGGGCCCCCUGCGCUGACAGGGAUGCCUCCUCGCCCAAGAGCGACUCGGAGCUGACCGUCAAGCCAGCAGAGAACUUGUUCCGAGGCGAGUCGCACAUGCAGUGGACCUGGGGGGAGUUUCCAGAAUCAACCAGGGUCAACAAAAAGGAAAAAUUGGAGUCCAAACCAGUGACCAUCACUCCGUCUGAAAACACUCACUUCCGGGUCAUCCUGACCUGCGAGGCCAUGGCGGCCGACGCUCCGGACCUUCCCGCCUGCGGCAUCGUUAAACCAGAACCUCGGACUCCCAAACCGGACCAGAGCAGUGAAUCUCUGCUGCGUGCUGAAGCCUGUGCGCCUGACACAAGCAUGACUCAGCGCAAACCAGAACUUUCACAUUUCAGCUUUUCAGCUCCGGGUUCCAGCACCGGCAAGCUCAGCACAACAGCAGCCCGCGCGACCCGAUGGACCUCGACUCCACCGACCCGGCUGGACAGCGGGUCGGGAGCCAGUGGAAGCUGUGAAAAGGCUCAACAAACGUCAACACCGGGCUCAGAAACCAAACCUGUUGAGCCCCAAAACAAAAGAAGAGGUGUGAGGAAGAGGAGUCAGCACCAGGGACCUGAAGACAUCUACCUGGAUGACCUGAACGUGCUGGAGCCCGAGGUCGUGGCUCGCUACUUCCCUAAAAACGAUGUGGAGAGCGCGAGACGCUCAGACUCUCAGUCGCCUCAGUCGAUGGGAAGCCCAGCGGCAGAUAGCGGGACCGAGUGUCUGUCAGACUCGGCCAGUGACCUGCCGGACGUGACCCUGUCACUCUGCGGAGGGGUGGGGGAGAAUUCUGAGAUCUCCAAAGAGAGAUUCAUGGAGCACAUCAUCACCUACAACGAGUUCGCGGAGAACCCCGCCAUCAUCGACAACCCCAACCUGGUGGUCAGGAUAUCCAACCAAUAUUACAACUGGACCCUGGCGGCGCCACUCAUCCUCAGCAUGCAGGCCUUUCAGAAGAAGCUCCCCAAGGCCACGGAGGAGACCUGGGUGAAGGAGAAGAUGCCGAAGAAGUCGGGUCGCUGGUGGUUCUGGAGGAAGAGCAGCGUGAAGCAGUCAUCCACCGAGUCCAAGAUGGAGAGACAGGAGUCCCUGACUGGAGAGAGUCCGGUCCUCUGUCCUGCCCCUGACACCAAGCAGAAGUCUGGUGAGUGGACAAGUGACGAUGAGGCUAAGGAGCUGACCUCUUGCUCUCCGACGCUGAAGCCUACUGAACGCGUGCAGACGGAACCCGGCGGCCCUCUGUGCCCGUCCUACAAGAAGUCGCUCCGCCUGUCCUCUGACCAGAUAGCCAGUCUGAAGCUGAGGGAGGGGCCGAAUGAGGUCACCUUCAGCAUCACCACCCAGUACCAGGGCACGUGUCGCUGUGAAGGGACCAUCUACCUGUGGAACUGGGACGACAAGAUCAUCAUCUCCGACAUCGACGGCACCAUCACCAAGUCCGACGUGUUCGGCCACAUCCUGCCACAGUUUGGGAAGGACUGGACUCAUCCAGGAAUCGCUAAACUUUACAACUCGGUUCACGAAAAUGGCUACAAGUUCCUGUACUGCUCGGCGCGAGCCAUCGGCAUGGCGCACAUGACCCGGGGGUACCUGCACUGGGUCAACGACCGGGGGACGCUGCUGCCUCAGGGGCCCCUCAUGCUCUCGCCCAGCAGCCUGCUGUCCGCCUUUCACAGAGAAGUCAUCGAGAAAAAGCCGGAGAAGUUCAAGAUCGAAUGUCUCACCGACAUCAAGAACCUCUUCCGCUCCAACUCGGAUCCGUUCUAUGCCGCUUUCGGCAACCGAGAGAGCGACGUGUUUGCCUACAAGCAAGUGGGAGUUCCGAUGUGCCGAAUAUUCACAGUCAACCCGAGAGGCGAACUCAUCCUGGAGCAAGCCAAAGGCAACAAAACCUCCUACAGCCGUCUGAGUGAGCUGGCCGAGCACGUUUUCCCUCUGAGGAGCUCCGAGCACAGCGCCACCUUCAGCUGCCCGGAGUUCAGCUCCUUCUGCUUCUGGAGGCAGCCCGUCCCUCAGGUGUGUCUGGAGGAGCUGCUCUUUUAAAGUCCAGCCCCAGAGAAGACGUUCGGGACGCUCUGUUUAGAAACGUCACCCACUUGUGUUUGCACUCCAGGUGUUGGGGUUCGGGUGAUGGAUCUCAAGUCCUUUUGAGCCUUAAUCUUCACCUUCAUCACAAAUUCACCCAAAAAGGUUGUUGACACUUGUUCAAGCUAAUUCAAGUUAUUUAUUUUUUAGAUGAUUUAUUUGACUGAAAACGAGCCGCUGCUUUAAUACGCCUUCUUUCUGUGAAAGUGACAUCUCCUGUGUGAAGCGUCACACGUCUGGGUUUUUAUCGCGCUUUUAUCGUGUCGGCCAUGAUCCCGGCAGCCAAGCGCACGGUCUUCAUUUCGUUUUAAAGCACCGCAAAGAAUGUUCCGGGACUUUUAAUAAAAG